UGAGCUGAAGACCAUCUUAUAAAACAGCCAGCCAUUGAGAGAAUACCGUUUGGAGGACACGGAUUUGAGCAAGGGAAUGCUUUGACGGUCUAUGGUGAGAAUAUCUACAAGUUGCUGGUUUCAGCUGCAAAAAGGGCACAAUAGAGCACCCAAUAGAGAAGAGAGGAUGCAAGAGCUAGAUUGGAUGAGAAUGAAAAUGGGAGCACUUCAUGGUUUACUUGUCUCUCUGACAACUCAUGGUUUACUUGUCUCUCUGAAAAGUCAUGGGCAUUACUUGUUGUUUUGACAAUUCAUGGUUUUCCCGUCUACUUUGUGAUCCCAGCGCCUCAGGUACUCGCGCAAUGCCACAGUCUCUUUUCAAUUCUCACCUCAAUGACCCACGCAGACUUCGUCAACUCUACCUACAGCAGUAAGGCCGAGAUGCUCGAGCAGACAGUGGCCUCGUACGAGGCGCUCAGCACCGACACCGAUAACUGGGUCGCCAACCUAGCCAACUGCAGCUCACUUGUGUGGCACGGAUUCCAUUCCAUCGGGGUGCCCAUCAACUGGGCCGGAUUUUAUAUCGCCAGCGACCCCCAUACCCUCACACUUGGCCCCUUCCAAGGCAAAGUGGCGUGCCAGGUAAUCGAAGUAGGCAAAGGUGUUUGCGGAACGGCCGCUUCAACGGGCCAAACACAACUUGUAGUUGAUGUGCACAAGUUCCCAGGCCAUAUUGCGUGUGACGGAGACACCAAUUCGGAGAUUGUGGUGCCACUCAUGGAUGGAAAAAAGUGUUUGGGAGUACUUGACAUCGAUUGUCUUGCACUCAACGGUUUUGAUGAACAAGACCAGCAGUUUCUUGAACAGUUGUGUGGUAAAAUUGUUGAGAGCUGCAAGUUUUAGACAAUUUGAUACGAAAUGGGACUAAUCAACACAUAUUUUAUAUCGAAUAAAAUACUAAUAACCUAUCUAUCUAUCUAUCUCCGUACACCUUCACGUCGUUGCUGUUCUCUCUCCAAAUUAUGUUUCAAAAGGGCUUUGGCCUUAUCUACCGCAUAUGUGGAGCCAGAGAUGGUGAAAAUUCGCUCCGACAGGCCCUCGAGCUCGUCGGAAAUUCCAAUAAUAGCCCCCAGAAUCUUACGAACACCCUGAAUUCUUGAACCGCUCUUGCCAAUGAGAGCUCCCACAAUAUCUUUGGAAAAUGCCAUGGAGGUGGUGACGAGGCGCGCCGGGCUCGACGACAGGUCCAGGGCAGGACCCGUCCCAGGG